GGCGGAAGCGCCGGUGGUGUUGCUGUUGUUGCUGGCGGAGGACCGCCCGGACCCGAGCCGGACCGGUCCGCCAGAAUUCACGACGAGGAGGACGAGGACAUCACCGAGCGGGAGGACGAGGAGGAGGACGAGGAUCCUUGCAGCUCGCCGGAGCCCGACCUUGAAAACGAAUCCGAACCCAUGGAGAUUCAAGCCUCGGCUGUCACGGCGGCAGCCGCGAACCUCCACGCGCUACGCCAGCACGUAUUUAAGAUGUCGGAUUACUGGCAGCAGCCGCAACGCGGUCCGCCUCAACAUUCACCCGGCAUACAGCAUAGUCCAAUCUCGAAUUCGACGCAGCAGCAUCAGCAGCAAGUCCAGCAGAUGCAUAGUCCGCUCGGGCAACAGCAGCAGCAACAGCAGCAGCAGCAGCAGCAGCAACAACAACAACAACAGCAACAGGCUGCGGUUUCGCAAGUGCAGCAGAACGCGAACGCGACCCUUGGCCAAACUGCGAGUCCUCAACAGCAGAUGCAGCAGCAACAACAGCAGCAUGCGUUAUCGAUGAACCAGACUAACCAGGGCCCGCAACAUCAGUCUUCCCCGGCACCGACGACGCCGUCGCCGCAAGCGGAUCAUCAGGGCGCCAUUGCCUCCAGCAUGGCCCAGAGUCUGCACAGCCUCGCCCAGGCGCAGACGAUGUCACAGGCGUCAAGCCCGUCUUUGGCGGUCCAAGCCGUCCAAGCAGCUCAGGCGCUCAAUCAGAAUCUGGGCCAGGCACUAACCCAAGCGCUUACACAAAAUAUGCAGCAAAAUCUCGGACAAACCUUACAACAUAAUUUGGCACAGAGUUUGACGCCGAGUUUAUCACCGCAACAGCAGCAACAACUGCUCAACCAACCGCAAAAUCUAAGUCAAGCAAGCCAGAGCCUGCAACAGAACAUCCAGAGCCAAGCGCAGAAUUUAUCCCAGACGCUACAACAGCAGGCGCAGAAUCUCACGCAGAACCUCGGCCAGGCGCUUAACCAGCAGGCGCUGCAGCAGCAGGCGCAAAAUCUCACGCAAAAUCUACAGCAAGCACAAAAUCUCACCCAGAAUCUGCAGCAGCAGGCGCUCAACAUGGCUGGCACCAUCGCGCAGAACGGCGGUCUCGCCGGUAUGAACAUGUCGGGCAAUCAGCAGCAAAAUUCACAAAACUCCAUGCUGAGUCCGGGCGCAACCAGCCAAGACUCCCACGACGCCACGCUCACGGAGAAGCUCGUCAACGAGUUGCAGUCUCGUGCCUCUGCGGCGGGGCUUGGAGGUGCAGUAGGUGCCGGCGGUGGUGGAGGAAUGGGCAACAUCAGCGAACGCACCCUCGAGGAAUGCUGGUCCACCCUGCAGCGAUUCUUCUCGCAGAUCUUCAUGCACAAGAGCGCGAUGCAGAUGCACGCGAGGGAGCUGAACGCGGGUGCACUGACGAGGCCCGGCGGCGGCGUCGGCGGUCUGGCCGGUUUGGGUGUCGGUGUCGGCGUCGGCGUCGGACCGGGCGGCAUGAUCGCCAGCAACGAAGUCAAGCCGCACCAGUGCCAGCAGUGCCUCAAAUCGUUCUCCAGCAAUCACCAGCUCGUGCAGCACAUCAGGGUCCACACCGGCGAGAAGCCAUACAAGUGCAGCUACUGCGACCGCAGGUUCAAGCAGCUCAGCCACGUGCAGCAGCAUACACGACUGCAUACGGGUGAACGACCGUACAAGUGCCAUUUACCGGACUGCGGGCGGGCCUUCAUCCAACUGUCGAAUUUGCAGCAACACCUGAGGAAUCACGACGCUCAGGUGGAGCGGGCGAAGAACCGGCCGUUCCACUGCAACAUCUGCGGCAAGGGUUUCGCCACGGAGUCCAGCCUCCGUACCCACACGUCGAAGGUCAGUCAUUGUUCGAAGUACCCAUGGCAACGAUUAAAGGAGUUGCAACAGCGUGUUGUGUUCCAGCAACACGCCGCCCUGAUCGGCGGCCCGAACGCAACCAGCUGUCCAGUAUGCCACAAGCUCUUCCUCGGCGGUGAGGCGCUGAUGGAGCACAUGAAGCACACCCACAAGGACCCGAACGCCUCCGGAGUUGCCAUUCCCUCCGCUGACUGCACAACCUCCGUUGCCGGGGUUUACCUAGCGAAGCGACGGACCGCCAACCACCCGUGCCCAGUGUGCGGGAAGCACUACGUCAACGAGGGUAGCCUUAGGAAGCAUCUGGCCUGCCAUCCUGAGACCAGUCAACUUAGCACGAGCCUCAGGAUGUGGCCGUGCUCGGUGUGCCAAGCCGUCUUCACUCACGAGAGCGGUCUCCUGAGCCACAUGGAGCACAUGAGGAUGGACCCGAAGCAUCAGUUCGCGGCGCAGUACGUGCUGAGCCGCGCGGCCGCCGAGAGGCGGGAAAGGGAGAUUCUCGCGAGUUCGAGUUUAGGAGCAGGUUUGGGCGUGUUGGGAGGAAGUCAGUCCGGAGGACCGCAAAAUUUGCAACAACCACCUAUGUGCCCGUCGCCGUCGGCCCAUUCGGAUAGCAGUAGCGGCAACGGAAGACUGUCGUCGGCCGGUAGUGAACCUGAUUUUUGCGCAGGCACCGGUCUACUGAACAACAACAACAAUAACAACAACAACAAUAUGGCGUCGCCGGGGCCGAGCGGCAACAAGCUCAGCGAGAUACUGCGAACGGGAAGUCAACCGGGUUCGGCACAGCAAUAUCACGAUGAGAUGCAGUCGCAGCAACAACGUAUGGCUGUCAUGGCCGCCGUGUCAGCGGGAUUGCAAAAUUCCGUAUCACCUAAUCUCUCACCGGUCGACAUGGCAUCGCUGGCAGCGGCUAUGAGAAUGGGCAAUAAUGGUGACAUGAGCGGUAGUACUCAAGGAUCGACGGGACCCCAACAGCAGGGAGUGCAAGCGAGCGGACCGGAGCAGGCUUUGAGGAUGCAUCAGGCGGAAGCUCUGCUCCGUUCGCAAGCCGAAGCUGCCCUGAGACUCGCGGUAUCUCAAGCGGCGGCAGCUGCCGCAAGUUCUGCGGUGGGUGGCGAUGUGAGACAUCAUUUGGGACAGCAUAACGGAGGUAGCACCUCCGGUAUGCCGGGACACCAUACGAACCAACAAAUGUCCCAACAGGAUACCCUAACGCCGGAUCUCGGAGAAGCGCUACGGCUGCAGGAGCAGCGAUUAGAGCAGGCCCUCAGGCUUCACGGUGGCGACCCGCGCGCCCUGAGUUUCACUCUGGCUCAGCACGUCGUCAACCAGCAGAGCAAUCAGCAACCAUGAAAAUUCAGUUACUACUGAGACGAGUGGACCCCUUGGGCGUCGGAUCAGACGACCCUGCAGCAGAACGAGCGCUUGAACCAGCAGCAGUCGCAAUCGUCGACUGAGCGCUCAACGCCGUUGCACGAUCAGCAGCAACAACAGCAGGGCCCGUCUUCCAUCGGUCAUCACCAACAGCAGCACCAACAGCAGCAGCCUGAAGACCGUGGUGUCAAGAGGAAAGCCGAUGAGAUGAUCGGUAACUCCGAGAACGCGUAAAAGCGAUUACGUUUGUUGCGGUCGACGUGACGAAACGUCAUCGUCGUCGCUAACGUAAUUCGCCCCUGCGCCCAAGUGUGGUCAACAGAAUUUCACUCGCUGUCUCAGCAGUAAGAAAACGUCAAACAAACGCAAGAACUUCGUGAGAAAGAAUGUGUAUUUCGGUGUCUUCCUCGGAUAGAACCGAUAUGAGGCCGGACCUCAACCGGAAAUUGAUCGAGGGUAUCAACCCUCGGUUGACGAACUCUCCGGAUGGGACCGCGCUAGACGAAGGGAGGAGAGUGAGAAUACGUACGUGUAUAGCAAAACCGUUGCACGGCGCGAGGCGGUCGCAGAUCGCAGUGGCGACGGUCGUCUCUCGCGAUUCUCAGCGCGUUUUCCGCGCGGUUGUUCCGCGUCGUUGUUCCUACACCGGUCCUGGAUCCAAGGAUCUGUCGAACGGACUCCGCGACGGCGUUUUCACGUCGUCUUCGUGUCCCGUUAGGAUUCUCAGGACACGUCGCCACUGCCGUACCACCGCCUCGACUUCCGAAACGUGCCAUAAUAACUAACGAGAAGCUGCUUAAAAAAAAAACAACAGUAAGUCAUCCCGGGCGUUCCGUUUCGGGACGAUCCGGGGUGCGCCCCCGAGGUACUAUGAUCUUUUAGUACAAGAGCCGAUCAAGCGGUACGCGACGGUGCCGAGGGUCCAACGGGCGAUUCCUCGACCGUCUCGUGCUGGCCAGGCUCAACAAACCUAAACUAUAUAUAAAUAUUAUACAUAGAUACGUCUAUCUCCACCGAACCGCGCUUAAAAAGGUUCCACCCCCUAAACCCCCUAAUCGUAAAAAAAGCUCCCGUAAUGCUUAAAGAGCGAAUCGCACACCAAUAACACCCCACGUACGCAGGCUCAUCGUGACGUGUGUGCGUCGCGCGGUCGCGACGAACGUUCCACCACCGGCGAGUGGUGUCGUGUCGUCGCGUUGUACGGUUGUUAAUUAUAUACGUACCGAAAUCCCCUUCCCCGUGUGUGUGUGACAGACAGACGCGACGCAAUCCGUACGGACGUUCUCUCACUUGCGAUCAACGUUUCGCGCGACGACAAAGCGACGUUGACAUUUCGCGCUGCACGAGAAAAGAGCGUCGUCGGACGUAACGCGUCGGAACGGAUACGUACGCACACACACGAGCAUACACACGUAAAUACAUUACACACCAUUACACAUAUGUACACAUGUACAAUACAUAUAUUACAAAACUCAUCAGCAGCACACUUUUAAGGUGAAGAUAUAAUGCGCGCAACUUGUGCUCGUCGGUAGCACGAAAACUAUUAGCUCAUAAGCGAACAAACAAAAUAUAGUUAUUACAAACAGUUAUAUUAUAUAUAUUAUAUAUACAUACAGAGUAUGAAGAGUAUGACAGAGACAAAAAAAAACGGGCGAAACCCAUUCACACUUACACGUUUAACUGAAGGUGCGGUAAGCGUGAAAGAGCGAGCAUUUUUCGUGAGCAAAGCACGCGACGGAGAAGAGAGAAAUAAAAAACUAAAUGCUAAAUAUUAUAUAUAUUAUAUAUAUAAAUAUUAUAAAUAAUGAAUAUAGGGUCUAUGAGACUAGGAUAGUUAGGCGAAAGGGAAAUACGAGUGAAUGCGGAGCGCGCGCCCCCGUAAGUUUUACGUGGUCCCAAGCAUUGUCGACGUGAGAAUGCGAUAGCACAGGUCGAAAACGAAGUAGAGGAGGGCAUGUGCGAAAGCGAGAAAGAAAGAGAGCGCGAGAGAGGGAGAGAACGUAUACGUGAAUGAUUUUGCGAAUGAACGACCUUGGGAUCGACGUAGGCGCGCGGGCGCGCCGUCGAGCGAAUGUGCUGAUCGAGUAAACGUGAAUGCUUCGUGAGCAUCAAGGAGGAGCGAAUGCGAAGACGAGAGUGAGAUUUUAGAAUGGCGUGCUUCAGGUAAUCUGAGGUCCUGUGAUCGUUAUAAGCGAAAUAUUUUUUUAUUUCCGGGUAAUAUAAUCUGAAACGCGUAAAACUCUUGCGUCGUUUUGAACUUUUACUUGCAAUAUACCGUUACGUUCUCGCAAUACUUAGGAUGAAGAAGAAUAAGAAGAAGACGAAUAGGAAAUAAAGAAGGUGGAUGAAACAAAAAAAACAAAAGAACAAAAAGAAAAAGAUGAUACGAAGAUGAGGAUGACGAGGGAGAGGAAAAGUGUGAAGAAAAGUCCGUAGGUUUGAUCGUGGAGCGAACUUUUAGAGACUCGAACCAACCCCUUGCCUCCCUAAAAUACCCUUUUUCACAACGUCUUAUCAACCCGAAUCCCCAAAGCCGACUAAAUUUUCAUCCUGUUUAUCUCUCCGAAUCUUUGACUUGUAAGCUUAUGGAUCGGUCCACACUUUCGAUGAGACCAGACGCGAUGAAGACGAGACGCUGACCGUAAAACACAUCGGAGAGUAUCACGUUUGAUGUUUCGUUGGAAAUAAUUUUUUCAGAGCACGAAAACGCGAUUUCCAAAAGAAAGUAAAAAUCGACGGAAAUUUCGAGAGGCGAUUGAAAAAAAGCAAUGAAGAAAGAAAGCCAAAGUGUUGAAAAGUCCAUUCGAUAAGCAUUCACCUACGACAUGAUUCGAUUUCUUCGUUUCUUCAACUAGCAAUCGCGGACUGAUAGAGUGCGAAAUCGAAUGGCAGCGUGCCGAAUUUACUCACAUCUUUGAUCAAUGUCGACUGCGUUACUGUUGUUGUUUCUUUUCGGAGACUGUCGACGAGAUUUUUUUCGUUUUUGACCGGCUCAUUUUUGAAAAUCACCCCGAGCCCCUUCGAUCCUCGCUUUCCAUCCGAAAGUUCACUCUUCGCCUCGUUUGCAAAAUGUAGACUUUCCAAAUUUUGUCGAAUAAAAUUUUGCCUACGAAUGUAACCGACAAAAUCUUUUCUCUCGCUACGUUUGGAAAUCAUAUUUUCCGGGAAACGAACAAUGAGAAAUUACCUAACACAAAAAUGUUCCCUUUCAUGAUAUAUAUACCUCCUUCCCAUCUUUCAUGUCCAUUUGUUCGCCAAUUACGAAAAUAACCUAACGUCGUCAUCUUCGUUGAACGUAAAAGACACGCGCCGAGAAGCCGCCGGAUAACCAGGCUUUUUGACCAUCUAGGACAAGAGAUGAAAAGAUCACUAAGGAUUCAUCGUCAAAGCUACAUUUAACAAUCGCACUUGUCUCGCGAUCGGAACUCGACGGACACAACCAGCUUGUUUCCUUUCGGAAAAUUUUGCAAAAAUUCGCCCUUUCCUCGAAAACGUUCUCAUUAUCACUGGGAUCGAUUUUUCGCAAAUCGUAAAUUCAGAAAAUUCGGGAAAUUUAUUAUCUUUGAAUUUAUUCUCAUCUUUUGCGGGAAAGAAAGGAGUAAGCGGGUCUCCUCGAGUUCCGGCGAUCGCAACCGCGGGUCGAUUCAUUGAUCGUUAUUAUUAAAGUUUUUGCGUUACAGGGCGUUUUUUCCUCGGAUUAAGUAGUAUGUAAAUACACCUUGAUAUCACAAGCAUAAACUGAGAAUUUACUGGUAAACUUAAACGAACGUACAUAAUGCGAAAUAGGGUUAGUUUCUAUGUAAAUACCUAAAGCUGGACGAGUGCAUACACCUCGUUCACGCAACCAACGAUAAUCGUUUCUUAUCGAACCAGAGCUUUUGUUCGUCGUCGGCGCGUGCCCGCACGAUGAUCGGCGAUCGCUUUCGUCUUCCUGCCCUUGCCACCACCCUGAAGGGGUGGAUUUUACACCUUCGGGGAAGGAUCGCGUGCGGAAGCGUUCGCUGUUCUCUCGGGUAUCGUCGAUCGGGAAAUUCUUGUUUUUUUUCUCGACACUGAUACUCUGAUACACUGAUACACUUACACACAGACACACUCACACUAUACGGCAUUGCGAUGGAUUGUACAGCUAUGAUAGGAAAACAUCUAAUAUAAAAAAAAAACAAUCGUCGCACAUUUCGACGCCCACCUAACACCGUAGGGAUCGAUUUUUCAAAAAAUUACCAUCGACAAAAAAAUCGCGUAUUGUUUUUCGGAUAACAAAGAAAAAUCGCGGAUAAUGAAACAUAUGAUAAGUAGUAUAGCAAAAGUUUAUAACGCUUCUGUGCGAAAGAUGCGAGCGUGCUGCACAAAAUUGAGAAUGAAAGAGAUUCGAGAAAAUCUGGAAGAGAGCUCGUAUGCAAAUUUGAUAGAUUUGGAAAUCUGGUUAGCAAAGGGAAUGCCAGUCAAUAUCGGCGAGUCUGAGAAUGGAGCGAAUGAACAGAUAGUUAGGCUGAAACUGUUAGCACGUGUCGCGCGAUCGAAACGCGGAGCAAAUUCUCGUUGGAAUUCGCGAGUCAUCCAAUAACGAUUUUCGAGUGAAUCGUAAUUUAAUUUCACGGUCCUUAAUCGAGCGUCGAGAGAUAUCGAGAACGGUGCACGAAACAGGUAGAAAAAGAGCGCGAAAGAGCGAAACGGAAGGAUGGAAAGGUCAGCGUUUACUAGUUACCACCAUCUCACUAUCACCAUCACAAAAAAAAUUAAUAAAACAACAACGACCACAAUACAAAACACUACCACCACUACCACGUCGAGAUCCUUCAUGAUGAAUAGCGGUCAUGAAACGAUUGACAGACGACUGUUUUCGACCGGUGCAUCCUGCCGUGCGCCGAGGGUUGCUAUUUCAAUCAGUAAAGCGACGUAACAAUCGGUGGGAUGGAUCCUGAUCUUCCCCCGAUCGCAAUUCAAUCACACAACCCCGCGCGAGAAGGAAGAAUUCCCGAGGCGCCGGCCCGUGCCCCGCGAACGUGUACCAUAAUUUUAAAUUUAAACGAAAGGUAAUGCAAAAAAAACAAACACAAGCGCGUUAAACAAUAGAUCUAGUAGUGUAUGUUCUGUAAUCAACUGAGAAGUAAGCGAGGAUAAAGAUAAAGAAAAAGUAAUAAUAAAAAAAUGCGGGUCACCCCGCGAAAAAAACACAAAAAAAAAUAAUUUACAAAUAUAUUGAUUUACAUAUGCCCGUAACUCGUAAGGGGGCCGGUGGCGCAAACGCGCCCGCGUGAGAUUUUCGGGCUCUACGACAAUGAGGGAGAAGAGGAAACGGCGGGACGUACACGGUGUCCGCGAGUCGCGACGCAAGACGAGCUCGCGGUCAUAAAGCGGAAGCGGAUAAGGCGCGAAAGACCGUGGAAAAUCUAAAGAGACGGUUGGGUCGUCCGUCUUCGUCGCGAGAGAGGCAGCGAGCCGCGCAAAGACGAUGAUGAGGGAGAGAAGAAAGCGGCUGUGCAGCGACGAGAGAUGCAAGAGAAGACGUAGGCUCACACGAACGCCUAACGACGGGAGAAUCCGGAAAGGAAAGCCCCGAGGCGUCACGGACGACCCGAAGACGUAAGCGUCCCGACCGUAGCCUACUCGUGGAAACACGACUAGCAAGUAGUCGAAAAGAGGCCCAUAAUGGUAAUGAUAAUGAUAAAUAUAUAUAUAUACGGAAAGGUAUAUAUAUACAUAUGAUGAAGAAAAUCCACAGCGCGACGUCGCCUGCAAAAUCGGCCCUACCCAUAAUCUUAAUCUCUUUCAUGUAAAUUUGCUAAAUGUUUAAAUAAUCUAAAAAGUGCCAUAGCCCGGAUGCGCUGGUGCAUACUCCCAGCGCAUACACACUUACAAAUACGACUCGACCUUCACGAAUCAAACGGAAAAUCCGCGGAUACGCGCGCGCAAACGCGCUCGCGGCCGCGGUAGAAUUGGUAUUCUCGCCAAGAAACAAAUACAGUGUAACAACAGUGACAGAAACCAACGCAAACAAGACAUCCCACAAGAUGAGCGUGUGCCCCGCGACGCGGGGGCACGCCCCAACGAAACACAAGUUAAAGCGAAGUUGCCCUGGUCCCACGAGCGUGCAACCCCGCGCGCUCAAACAGUUCUCAAUACACGAACACGCGUGCAUGCGUGCGUGCGUGCGCGCGUGUUCACCCACAUAAUACACAGUACAGUAAUACAAUUUUACACUUCUUAUACACUUAAAGCACACUUGUCUACACUUAACUACACACGCUACGGAUAUGUAAAGCCAAUUAAUUUUGUAAAUUGUCUAAAAAAGAAUUUUUGAAAAGAUACGAUUCGGCCUUGUAAUAACGUUAUAUUUUCGCGCGCGUCAUGCAGGAAACGCCGAUCCGCCUAGGAAAAGUCGGCCCGGCCUUUCUCGAGAGAGAAAGAGAAGGAAACCUGCUUUUCAGGCGGAAACGCGUCUCCUCGGGCGCCGUUGGAAAACUUUGAUCGAUUUUUCACGGUAAUUUGAGAGGAAAGAGCAAAAAUUCGUGGAUAAUAUAACAGACACGCGUUUGUGCUCGUAGCGCUACGUAAUACGUAUAAACGCAGCAAAAUUUCGCGGCCUUUGGCAUACGUUUGGAUGCAGUACCGAUGAUGAACGGUGCGUGCAUACUCGCGAGAGAUACGCGCGAGUGCGCACGCCCAAAACGCGUCCCGGACUUGACACAAGAGUACCCGGAUGUGACGUGUGGGCGGCCUCUUUGUCGGGUUAAGUCCCGACGACGGACAGGUGGCGAGGUGCCAGAGAAUUUCGUCAAUGAGAGUCGAUGAGAAGUGAAAGAGAGUGAGUAAAAGAUUUCGAGUGACGGAUAAAGCGGCGAAUGAAGUUCGAGACGAAGUUCUUAGCCCUUUGAUCGCGAGGUACAGAGAGAAAGAGAAAGGGAGGGAUGAGAGAGAGAGUGAGAGAGUAGAAAGGCACCUUGGAUGCCACCGAGAGACCCCUGUUCCACGAGACGCAAUCACGAAAGGUGUAAUAACCACAUAAGGAACACACAACCAAGAGGAAUGUGGCAGCGGCAAUUGCAUAAGGGCCGUUGUUCGAGUGCGGCUUUACAAGCAAAAACCGUUGGUUUGUUUUUGAUCGGGUUUUAAUUUUUUAAUGAAAUAAUCUCACAACGCGCGGAUAUAUGUCACGUACGAUCGUGCGCGCGCGCGCGCGCGCGCCCAGCGCAAGGAUUUUGCAGUGCAGCUGAGAUUGUGCGGCAAUAUUUGUUGGGGGCAACGGCACGACGUACGACGUAUGUGCAUAUUAUUCGCGGCAGUGUGUAUCGUAAGUGCGCAGCAUAUGAUAAAACCGACAGUCUAGCAGUGCGAGCGCCUCGGCGGCAUUCGCGUCUUCACGCGGUGACCCUGACCGAGCCUCCGUGAUUAAAAACCGGAAUAAGUUGUUUAAAUGUCCACUAUAUAAAAGAGCCAUAGUUGUUAAGGCGGUGGGUUCCGUCGUUCGGUGAGUCGAUUCGACCUCACAUCGCACACGCGUUCGUCCUGGCCCCAGAGAGAUAACUUCGAGAGAGAUGACGGCGGCGAGUCAACGGGAAAAAACGCGCGAGAGACAGAUGCGGAACGACCGCGAAAAACAUUUGGCAUACCGGCAAAAUUCCGAGGUUCCUGGCAGAUCGAAACAAUCGAGGUGGCCGAGACAAUCCGAUUUGGGAAUUUGGCGUCUAAAUGAGACGUUCGGCAAUCAAAUUUUGAUUAACUUUAGCCCAUAUUCUCGACACUUUUAACAUUAAACGUGGCUCACUGUUUCUCAUUCUUAUCUCUCAAGAGAAUGGCAUUCAAUGCUAGGAAAGAAUAAGAGUUAGAUGCCACGUUUAACGUUAGAUGUGUAGCGAAAAUAUGGAUAUUUAUCUCGGCUAUCAAGCGGAUGGGAAAGAAAGAGUAGGUAACCAUCGGGAACGGAGAGCAUCCAGAGACUCUAAACCUUAUGAUCGAUCGAAGUCGUGAAGAAGUAGCGACUGCCAUGAUCCCCAACAAUCCACACAAUUGAUAACGGUCGACGACGACGAGCGUGCGGACCCAUCGCGCUGUCUCGUCACGGAUAGAUCAUGCGAGCGCGACGUACCGAUCGUAUUCGAUCGGCUCGAUCAUAACGCGUGGUCUUCCCGUGGCGAGGCGAUACUCUUUUCAAAAUAUUCUUCAUACUUCCGUUCAGGAGAAUGUGUUUCUUUCAACCUGAACCCGAGCAACCCCCCGCAUGCGUGUCCGAGAUGAAAGGCCGAGUCCGUUUAUUUGGCAAAUCGAAAAAAAAGGAAAGAAAAUGAUAACCGCGAAAGACAUGGUGAAAUUAUGACGUAUAUGAAUUACGGUAAAUUACAAAUUUAUCAAAAGCGUAUAACUGAAUCGGCAUAGAAAAAAAAAGACAGAACACGAGAAUGUGUGAGAUGAACCAGUAUAUUGUCCGCUAAGUGGGUGCCUUCGUCAGGGUUUUCCGUUACAGUAAACAGACAGUUCUCAAGUAUAACUCACAAUUAGUAGUGCUAUAGUAGGACAGUAAUCACAAUGUACCGCAGUUAAACAGUUAAAUAAGUAAGUAUACGGGAAGCACGUGGUCUUUUUCAGUGUCUGCAGAAUCUCGUCGUACGCUAUCUACCGUUAAUCGGGUAUAGUGGCACGACCGGAAGUAUACCGGAUUCAUUUCGUGUGCAACUUCCUACCGGAACCUCUCCCGUCCCGAUCCACCGUUUGGCUAAACGUUUCUACUCCCUCUAACCCAAUUUUUUGGACCUCGAACGACCGGCGCAAAAAUAGAUUCGAUCGUAUUAUCGAGAGAAAACGUAUCCUAAAGGCAAAAUUCAAAAAAAUCUCCCAGCCUCACCAACCGGUCGCUCGCAACCUCUCCUUUCACGAUUCAAUCGACAUUUAACAGAUAAAUAUGAUAAUAAGUGUACUAAGUGUCUGUAGUUUAGCCAACGUGUACGUUGUAUACUCUGAGAUAGGCGCGAGAAAGCGAGCUGACGAUGAUGGGACGCGAAGCGGGAAGAGAUAGCGGGAGAGAAAGGAGGAGAGAGAUAGACGAUUGCACGGUGGAGCCAUAUUUAACUAACUGAUAACGAUUAAUUAAUUACAGUAAUCAUUCAAGAUGACUUAAUUAACAGUUAACCGUACCGCAUACACACAUGAAUAAUUAUUAAUUACACGUACUCCAGUAUAUAAGUAAGGGCCGAGCGGUAGCGCCGCGCGUACCGCGCGCACCGCCUCUAUUCAAUAAAGAAAUCGCGGAGGCACUCACUACGGAGAUCAACGAGCAGGGACUUUGGGACUCGGACGCGGAUCGGAGGGUACCUGAACACGCGAGCCGGGAUUCCAGUUCGAAAUUAUCCGUCGAGUAUUCAACGUAAAAAAAAAUAGAAAAAGGAAAAACGCCAAGUUUCGGCGACUUUGGGAAGCCCGUCCGGCUCUUCCGACGUCGGAUGGAUCAACUGUUCGACUUCAGGAUCGUUUCAGCCUGCUUGACAAGAAUUGCGACUGCGUUCGGGCAACGCGUGUUCAGGUGUCCCGCACCCCGUUAUUUUAUCGAUCUUUCAAGUGCAACGUUGAGUUAUUUCACUUACAGCGUUGUUUUUCUACACAAUACAAAAUACCCUACCACCCGUCCCCACCGGCGAACCAAUCCACCUCAUCACGCUCCCGCAGGAACAAAGCAUCCCCUUCACCCACCGCCCCAAACCACUCAUCCCCCCAUAUACAAUGUUGUCUCACGUCCGUUCGCGAUAAACUUGGUUGCGAGUCCAGCGGCAGUCGCGCUCCGUACCUUAGAGAAAAUUUAAAGGUGUUGGGCAACCCUUUUCAUUUUUACCAAAAGAGAAUUUUGAAAUGCUUAUGGAGAUAUCGCCCAUUUAUUUCUAUAUCCUCGAGAAGUAUUUUGGAAAAGUUUAGAAAAUUGAUGCAAAAAAGUGAUACAAUUUAUACAAUUUAUACAAUUUAUACUAUUCUGAUGGUAAUCUCGACAACGGAACGGAGCACGACUUGACCUCGACUCCGAAAAAAAAGCGAACGUUAAGUUUCAGAUGUCAGACUUUUACGUACAGUUAGUUACCGAGUAAUACAGCGCAAGUUAUCGUUAAUUUUCGACGCGCAGCCUCGUCGCGACGAGGGCGACUUUACAAACGUGCGAAUCACCUGCACGAUCUUCUCGCGCCGAAGAGCGCGACGAGGAUGCGCGUGCAGGUUUAAUGGUAUCGAUUGAGUUUGGUCGAAGUCCCCUUUUGGGCAAACACACCGACGCACUUCCGGUCCCGCCGGCCAGCAUCGUUCGACAGAAAAAAAAAAGAAAGAAAGAAAGGCGGGGAAACAAUCUCGAGCCUCCGAGAAGAUCGCGACAGAAAGGGAGCGAUCCUCCGUUCGAAAUUCAAUUCUAGUCAAAAAAGGGUACAAAGCCGAGACGGGUGUCAACUCGGACAGGCGAAAUCGGUACUUAUUUAAUGAGAGAAGAAAGAAAAAGGGCGAGAGAGAGAAAAAGAAAGAUGGAAGGAGGAGGCUCGAGAGGGAGAAACAUUCCAUGGGAUUGCGCGAGCGCGUAUAUCAUCUCGGCGCGCAGAGAAGAGGUAAAGAGAAAAAUAGAGAGAAUCGACGAAUUUGAAAAAAGGAGACAAAAACGAAUAAUGGUGCUGGAGACGCAAUCUGUGGAAUCGGCAGGGUGGCGGGACCGUACACGAGGAAAUAUCCGCGUUGCUGACAAAACGUAGCCUCUUUUCGUUGUGUCAAACCGCCGGCCAGGAUCCGGGCCGAUCCUUGUAUAAGCAAAAACGAUGAACUUUCAAAAAGUAAAAAAAGAUGAAUGUACGGUGCGAAUGGAUCUUUCAUGAAGCUUCGAUUGUUGUUGUUCCGUCGAGUUUUUCCUUUUGCAUAUAAAAAUACCCACCCUCACGCUUUCCCGGCGAGGCUGCCGGGCGGGAUCUCGCACGUACGUUUCGAUCCGCUCGUAAAAAAACGAUUCUCGAUCGGCGAAGAUACGCGAAAAGCUUGGAAAGAGGUAAAAUGAAAAGAAUAAAUUCGAAAAUGCGUCGAGAGCCCGUCAAGCGAGCCCCAGCCUUUCGAUACCGCGGUUAACCUACGAUUAUUAUGAUUACUAUUAGUUAUUAAUUAUUAUCAUUAUUAUUACAAUGAGAUUGCCAGAAGGCAAUUGGAGGCGUAUUUUAUAGAGAAACGAAAGGGAGGGGAGAAAGAGAGAAAAAAAAUCCAGGAAGCAAUGCCUCGGUUUAAAGUUCGAAUUGUCGAAGCCAUAAUAUGUUACAAAAUAAUAAUUCUUAAGUGAAUCGACGAGAAGCGGUAGUAAGGGAAGAGAAGCCACGUUUCGAGAUUCUCCUUUUUUUCUUUUCCUUCUUCACGCGACUCCUUUUCUUUUUAAUUACACACAUACACAAAACACGCACAAAAAUACAUACAAAUUACGCUGAGUAACUACGUUACUUAGCAAAUAAAUAUUUAUAUACGAAAGUAGAAAACGGAACACGAUACCGCGUUGUGGAAUUUUAAAUCCUUCUCUCUUCCUUUAUUAUUACUAUUAUUGCUAUUAUAAUAAUUAUUAUCAUUAGAGAAUUAGGCAUCGAAAUUUUAUUGUUGUUAACGAUCGCGCGAGAUUGGUUUUCAUUAUGUUUGUUAUAAUUUCUUUUUAGUUAAGCGCGUGGUAUCGCACGACUGAGAAAGACGGAGAUGACAGAGCCAAAACUGUCGUUAAUUGAGAUUUAUAUGUGUUUUCCUUCGUUUUUCUUUACGCUUUAGGUAUAUCGAAUUCGACUUUCGCUUUCUUAAUCUCCUUUUUUUUUAUUUGCGUAUCGCGUAGAGGUUAUUCAAAUUUUACGUUCCUCCUUGUGCCCCCCUUUUUUUAUGUGUACCAGUGCACUCUCCUCGUUUAGAAGGCGAGGAGUACGGGGACUAAUCUCGAUCUCAUUUUACACGCGUAUCCGACGUCGCCGUGGGGAAAAUCAGGCUCGUUCGAAUCGACGAGUCGCGAGGAUUGAAUUUUAUUUUCUUCCACGUCCCAUUAUACGUACUCCUCAAUUGUCUCUUCGCAACGUUUUCGUUCGCCGAACCGCGAGAAUACUAUUUAAAGACCACGCUUUUAGUCUCUAUCGUGACGAUUACUUUCGGUCUCGCUAUGAGAGAGUUCCUAUUUAAUGAGAAAAAAAAAUAAUCGGUAAGGGGAAGAUUCGCGGAGAAGGGGGGAGGGAAGAAGGGAAGAGGGGAAAACGAGCGUGGCGGGAAACGCGGCGUUCGGCGAGCGAGCUCGUCGAGUUACGUUUGCUAGUCAGAAUUGGUUUAAAAACGAUGAAGCAAGCUAGAGAUUUUUACGAUUAGUUACUGCCUAUUAUUAAUUAAUUAGUUUGUUAAGCGUAGCUGUUACGUUAGUUAACGCGGCCCCACUCUCGAGCUGCACUCAUCCUGAAAAAGUAAAGUAGGUCAACACGCGCGCAUACACACACACACACACACUCAUACAUACACGCAAUGGUAUACAAACUACGGUUCUUUAGUUACUAUUCACGUAGAUUGAGUCCUCGAUUUAUGAAAAUUAAUUGCAGUCCGCCGAAACGUAGGUCAUGUUAAAUUUAAGUCAAUAACUCCAUUCUUAUUUUUGUUACGAUCUUCCUUAUUUUUUCCUCUCAUGCCUUAGACGCAUACACUCACGCAGGCUUAGCCUGCCGCAACUAUUACAUAAUAAUAGUGCCAACACUACCAUCACUCCUAUUAUUACACUGCUACCGCUAUCGCUAGGAAAUGUUAGUACAUCGCUAUUAUUAUUAUUAUAUUAUGUUAUAUAUUAUAUGUUAUUAUUAUAACAAUAUUAUUAAUUAUUAAUAUUAUUAUAAUUAUUAUUAUAUUAUUAUCAACAUUGUAUGUAUUAGAAUUCGUGUUGUAAACUGUUCUGUCCUCGUUCGCGUAUGGUACAUUAGGUAAAUCGAUGUGAUACAUGUCUAGUUCUCUUUGUGUCAAUUCGAUCGUGAUUAAUUUCCCUUCUUUGCAUCCUUUUUUUUUGUUUUGUAAUUCAUCUUUCAUACAUGUGGUUCCUCGCGCGCGGGCGCGAUCGACGACGGCUUCUUUUGCCUAAGAGAGAGGCAGGAUAAUGUGUCGAAUCUUUAAAAUACGCUGACGAUUGUCACAUGGAGUUUAGGACACGUGCAUUUAUUAAAUUUUAUCGUUACCUACUAUUAUAUACCUUGUCGAUGAAAUACCGGGCGUACGAACGCUUAACUCGCAAGCAAUGGAGAAUGCUCUUACAAAUCUUCCCUCUUAUCGCUCGAUGUAUCGAAAUUUUGGAUAUGUGUUCAAGUAAAUUCGAUACUUCGGAAUAUUUCUAAGUAUAAAAAAAAUAUACGUAUAUGUGAUCCAAAGUGAAAUUAAUGUUAUAUUGAUCUCGAUACGACGCGCUCGUACACCCGGCGAUAUUCGUUAUUAAUUAACGCUAUUAGUUAUUAUCAGUUACUGCAAUUAGUACUAUUACCACUAUUAUUAGUUAUCGCUAUCGACUCUUGAUGCAUCCCUUAUUGUCGAUCGGCGAGAUAACUAUUUCGAUUGCCCUCUCCCCGUCUCGAACGCGCUUCGUUCAGUUAGUACUGUCGCACUUAAUGAUCUAUUCUUAUUAAUCAUCUACUCUCAUUAAUAAUUGAAAUUUUUACUUAGGAUUAAUUCGAAAUUAGGAUCUCUCGAAAGUGUUACACAUUCGUCGUGCAGAAAAGUAAAGAUAAUUCUAACCUGUUUACACACAUUUCGUCUAUUUACGAUGAUAAAAUAAUACAAUGUUGAAAUUAAUCGUGCAAUUGCUAUCUCAAUCAUUCGAAAAUUGUUCAUUGCCAAAUUAAUGUGCGGCAGCACCAAACACGGAGUUAACCGAUCAAGACGGAGAGCAGUGUGCGCGAUUUGAGAUGUUUCGAUGGAGAAUUAGUGUCCGAAAGAUGCGAUGACGAGCUAAAGGAACCAGAAAUUGCGACGAAGAAUGUCGAGGCGAGAGAAAUUAUUCUUCUCCUCGCUGGUCAUUCUGGUCGCGUUCUGGUUGCAAUUAGAGAAGCUAUGGGAUCCUCAAAGCGCCAAUGCACGUCGCGAGCUACGUACAUACAAUUUCGAAUUUCGGAAAUAAUUGACGCGCGAAAAAGAAGUACGGAAGUAAAAAAAAGCUAUCUUAAAGCGAAUACUAUGUAGUGAGAAGGAGAAAGAAAGAGAAAGGAGGAAGCAUGUCAUACAAUUAUAUUCAUACCAAUCUCUUUCGGUUACGAGCGAGUUCCGCAUUGUGUAGGAUAUGUCUCAUUGAUGAUGAUUACGAUGUGAAGAUUUAAUAUCUACGAGAUGAGGACGAGAAUGGUCGAUGAUUGCGACUAACGGUGGAAGAGCGAGAUCCAAAUUGUGAAAUCGCGAGAGCCUUUUUGCACGAAAACGCAUUACAAACGAAUGCGUAUCUCUAGGAAUCUUCUUUUUGUUGUUGUUGAUGAUGAUAAUAACGUCGAUGAAAACGAUAGGGUGCUUCUGUGCGAUGGAAGGAGCUCCGGGCACGCGUGGAAGGAAAAUUCGAAAUUCGGAAAAAAAAUCUAGUCUUUUCCCUACCACGUACGCGACGACCCGAUUCUGUCUCGCGUACGUGGGCAGUGUUCGAUGAGAAUUCAAAACUAGCGUGUAUCGAUAGCUACUGGAAUCAAUCUUUUGGUCGAUCAGUCGACCGUCAAUUAACCUUUCCAGAUAUAGCGACGGCGGGUGAGCAGGAUUGUGAGUGAAAAAUCUCGGGGCAUCGGCUCCUCUGGUGGAAGCAAUUAUUCUUGUAUCCGAUCGAAAUGUAAGAUUACCGAUUUCAAUCGGAUUCAUUCCCCGAUCCAGUGUUCACCCUCCGUUACUACACUCCCUUUAGCCGAGAAACAUGCUCAAUUCUUGUCGAUCAAUCAUGUUAUCAUGCUCCAUAUUUAGGACGCUCGAAAGAUGUGUUUGAUUUUGCGGCGCAAAAUUUAUAGAUGAAAAAGUAUACGACGCUUCGUCGAAGCCUUUUCAAGCGCGAUCCGAAAAACAGCAUUUUCGACAAAAAUAGCCAUUUCGACUACAGAUAUUUUUUCAAAAGAUUUUUCUCAAACUUUGACGUUCGAUGCACAAUACAGCGCGCGAAAAAGGCCUUGGCGAAACAUCGCGAUUCUCUCGAACAUAUCAAAAUACGAUGGACUCCACGUUGGAGCAUUACUGCGACAUUACUUUCGAUGUGUAAUUAGAUUGUAAGUAAUAAAUCCAAUGGAACAUAUGCGUCUAUGCGCGUCGCGAUGCGCGCGCUCGCGCAUAGACGCCAUUGAACACUGCACGAUCGAUGAUCGCGAGAAAAACAGGUAAUCAACGCGAGAUCGAGGAUGGGAAAAGAUCCGAUCCUUGAAACAUCCUUUAGGCUUACGAUCGAGGAUUAAGAAUUUGUUAGAUGUUAAUGUCUGCGGAGCGGGUCGGCUUGGCGCUUAGUGAAAGUGAUCUUCGCGCAAAAAAUUUCUUGCAAAAAAUUCCAAAUUUUCUUAAGAAAUUCCAAUACAUGAAAUAAAAUUUAUGUAAUGUUUAAAGUUUUUUUUAACGGCGACGAAAGAAAUUCACAUUUAUACGGCAAGACAAUCGAGAAACUUCGUCUGAUAAAGAGAACUCGAACUACGGAGAUCAUUUCGGGAAGAUCGCGAAGCCGAUUCGCGGGCGUGUAGAUCGAAGAUAGGCGAAAGGAAAAGAAGUUUAUAAACGAGAAUAAAUUCUUCGUGCCUCACGACUUCCGGCUGGACGACCUUUCACGCGACUACGAUAAUCGUAAUUAAUGGCUCGGAUCGUUAUAACGGGAGACGAAUGAAGGAAUUUGACCCGCAAUUAAAUUGUAAAUAUGCGGUAAUCAUGUGAAAAAUGCUCCCGAUUGUGAAAUUCGUUCCUUCGUAAGCGCAAACGGAAGCUCGUCGAUUCCGGAAGCACGCGAUCGGCCAGCCUAAAUUUAAGGUCUUUUUUAGAAAUUAGCGGCGGAAAGGCAGAUAUAUAUCGCGAGGGCGACUAUCGCUGCAAUUUUGUGAAUGAGAGAGCAAAGGCUUGCCUGCGAGUGAAACAUCGUAAGAUAAGUGAUUGUGAGGAGUUGAGCGAAUGGAAGAAUGUAUGAGUGUGUUCGAUGGUAAGAAAGUAAAUUGCGAGAAUGAGAGAAUGAAAGAUAUAUACAAUAUAGAGAGAAAGGGAGAGAAAGAAAUUAAGUACGAGAAAAUGGGAUAUAAAUGUGCAUGUGAGAGAUAGGAGAAUAAACAAAAUUUUACUACCAAGUGGACUAGAAUCGCAACCGAUGGGCAUUAUUAAGCGAAAAUAAAAUUUUCGGAGCGUUUUUUCGACGAAGAAAAGCGUCCAAAAUUGUACCUAUUUUCAUUUUAUAAAUUAUAUAUAUAUAUGUAUAUGUAUAUGUAUAUGUAUAGAUAUACGACGACCUAAACGAUUAUUAUUGCAAGAUGUAAUUGCAAGAGAGAGAAAGAGAGGGAGAGAGUGUGAAAGAGAGCGCGCGCGAGAGCAAGGCGAUAGGAAAGACGAUGAAAAAUAAGAAAUUAUUGUAUCUAUAUUCGGAAAAAUGAUCGAUGAUGUAUUCGAAUCGUGAUUAUUAUUAUUAUAUAUUAUGAUUAUUGUGUAUAGUUAAGGCGAAAAUGGAAUUUUAGACGAAAUUAUCGAACUCGAGGUAUAUAUAUAGGGAACGUAAGUGAGAGAGAGAGAGAGAGAGCGCGCGAGACAGUGCGAACGAAAGAGAGAGAGAGAGAGUGUGUGUACGUGAGAGAGAGAGAGAGAAAGAGAAUUUCUCGAUGGUGAUUGCACAUUGCAUGUCGACAGGCAACAAAACAGAGUCCCCCUCCCCUCCAGUAAAAAGUCAAUAGAAAAAUCAAGUCACGGCCGAAUGAAACGCAAGAGCAAAAACUUUUGAGAUCGUGAAUUUUUUCGAGGUAAUUUCAAAAUUUACAUGAAAACGGGCGACUUCUUUCAAUUUUUCGAAAUCGCGAGACUUUUCUUCCAAAAGACGAAAAAAAAAGAGAGUAAUUCUCGUUUCCUUUGUACCAGGACCAAAAGAAAAAUAGCCGAAUAUAUAUCUAUAUAUAAAAAUAUACAUAUAUGUAUGUAUGUAUGUAUGUAUGUUCGUAUGUACGUACAUACAUGAACCAACACACGCAACGCGUACGAGACGUGCGAACGCGUUCUCCAGCGCGACGAUCCUGCCGGAACGAUGCGCGAUCGAGCGACUUUCGGACAACCAGAACGAGUGCCUCGGGUCCGAUCCCAAUAGAGGACGGGCCCAGAUUUGGGAAAAUUCUUUGCCGGCAGAUCGACGCGCUCGGGGGACUCGAGCGGUGAGGAGGAGAGGCGACAGGAGGCAAAAGUUAUAGCUCGGUCAGCAAUAGUUACAGGUCAAAAAAAGCAAAAAGACAGGUUGAAUAAGAAAAAAACAAUAGAAAAUCAAUUCGGAACAGCGGAAACAAAAAUCGCGUAGAAACACGAGGCAACAUAUAGUUAUUAUACUUUCUCUGUAGCACACAGAUCGCACUAUCGCAGUUUCAGUUUCUUCCCUCGCGAUCGUAUAGAUCGUUGUUAGAUUUUUCGAUGCUCACGGUAUCGCGACGGCCACGUCCCUCGGUCGAGAAUGAGUUUUUCGCGAACGGAUCGCUCGACUAAACAUCACAGAGCGAUCGAGAAAGAGGAGAGCGAAAUUGUCGUCGAUCGACGGACCCGGGACGUCGUUGACGCCUUAUUUUUUUUUCACCGCAACGUAUCCGUUCUUCUCAUCAGUAUUGCAAUUUCCCAACUCCCUUCCCCCCGCAACCCUCUGCCUGAUUACAGCAUUCUCACGUGCGAUACAAAUCCCGCGGAUAUAUCCCGUUUUUCCCACCCUCACCACUCCACCGCCACCGACCACCCCGUCACACAACCAACCCGUCCUUCCCCCGGUCCCUCCAAUA